AUGAUAAACCACACAACAAUAACAACAUUUAUCCUGCUGGGACUGACAGAUGACCCACAAUUGCAGAUCUUACUUUUUAUCUUUCUGCUUUUUACUUACUUGCUUAGUGUAACAGGAAACUUGAUCAUUAUCGUCCUCACAUUGGUGGACUUGCAUCUGAAAACGCCUAUGUAUUUUUUUCUCCGAAAUUUUUCCUUUUUGGAGGUCUCAUUUACAACUGUCUGUAUUCCUAGAUUCAUGUACAGUUUAUCAACUGGGGAUAACACUGUGACUUACAAUGCUUGUGCAAUUCAAAUCUUUUUUGUCAUUCUCUUUGGAGCGACCGAGUUUUUUCUCCUGGCAGCCAUGUCUUAUGAUCGCUAUGUUGCUAUCUGUAAGCCCCUUCAUUAUACGACCAUCAUGAACAAUAGGGUGUGCACCAUAUUGGUCCUUAUCUGUUGGGUAUCAGGAUUGCUUAUCAUUCUCCCACCUCUGGGCAUGGGUCUGCAGCUUGAAUUCUGUGACUCCAAUGCCAUUGAUCAUUUUAGCUGUGAUGCAGGCCCCCUCCUAAAGAUCUCAUGUUCAGAUACCUGGCUAAUAGAGCAAAUGGUUAUCAUUAUGGCUGUUUUCGCCCUCAUUAUCACCCUAGUGUGUGUAGUUCUUUCCUACACAUACAUCAUCAAGACAAUUCUAAAAUUUCCAUCUGCUCAACAAAGAAAAAAGGCCUUUUCUACCUGCUCAUCCCACAUGAUUGUGGUUUCUAUUACCUAUGGAAGCUGUAUUUUCAUGUAUCUCAAACCCUCUGCGAAAGAUGAAGUGGCCAUAAAUAAGGGUGUUUCAUUACUGACUACUUCAGUUGCACCCUUGUUGAACCCCUUCAUUUAUACCCUAAGAAAUAAGCAAGUGAAACAAGCUUUCAAUGACUCCAUAAAGAGGAUUACAUUUCUCUCAAAGGAAUCCAAGUUCUGA